AUGACGAGCGCGUCCACACCCACGUACCGCGUCGUCUUGGUCAACGAAGACGUUCAUAUCCCGGUGCAUGCUCGCCACCCGUCUACGGCACCUUACAUCCUGCACACGAUUGACAACUUGUACCCCGCCCUCGCAAAACGCCCUUCAUGCACGUAUACCCCUUAUAGGCGCAUAUGGAAGUGCCCUCAUCCAGGAUGUUCUUAUCUCGAGGACCUUCUCAUGCUGUCCCCUUCAGCAGGCGAAGCAGUUUGCCGCCUCGCAGCUACUGCACUUGAGUCUAAUCUCCUCGCGAACGAGUUAGCCUCUGAAUUUUUGAGGCUUGUCGAUGGCAAGUACAGGGUACGCCGGGAAUUCGUCAAGUGUGCGGUCGAUAUCAUUGGCCUGCGUCACUACGAAACCCAUCUGCACGACGUUGGUCUUCGUUGUUUCAUCCGCGGACAACGGCCUGACGGACAUAUAUCAUUCACGUGGGAGCACUCCCAACUAGAGACCUUACUCCUCUCGAGGACCGUAGAUGGAUUGCACGCGCGUCGACAUGAGGAAGCAAUGCGGCGGGCUAUCCAGCUCUCACUCUCCGUACAAGCCCGUCGGUGGGCCCAUGAAGUCCGAUUCUGGGAGUUGGACAAGCUGGUUGCCGAGCGUCGCCUCGCUCGCGAACGGCAGCACAAAUUUGUCAACGAGCUGGCCCUUGAAGAAGCCUUCGCCAGUUCCGGUCGACAUGCCAGCGCAUUGCCACCGUUGAGAUCGGGACAGUCCUUGGCCAUCAUGACGGCUGGUCGGAGGCUUCACGAUGAGAUAUAUGGCACGUUAGCCGCACGCGAAGACGUUCUGCGGACAGUCACGGACCGCCUAACACUCGCUGAGGCAGAGAUACAGAGUUGGGAGCAUGGCGACGGGAUGGUCCGGACCCAGAAUCGCGGCGAUCACACGGACCUCUACGCUCAUGAUCAGUAG